CGGAAAUCUACCUAGGUAGGUCAACACCUACAGUCAACCACAAAUUCCAGUCCACCACCACACCACUCUCCACGGCGAUACCACUCACUUUUGCGCUCCCUAUCCUACCACGACUACGACCACCCCCUCUGCCUCACUCAUUCGGCGAUGACUCUAAACUGAAGACAAAUUACAACCAUGAUGGAGGUAACGUCUCCAGGUUCGGCUGGGUCGCCAGCGAACGGCGUUGCUGCAAACGGGGGUUUUCAAAUCGACCCUCAAAUCAUCCUCGACCACUUCACACAAGUCUGCGAAAUCACUCUGGGAGCCACCAAAAGCGACCUGGUGAACUCCGGAAGCUUGUUAUCCAAAGCGAAGGUAUCUGAUACGACUGUGCGUGUUCAACGCUGGGCAGAAUCCCAAGAUGUACUCUACAUACAGAAGGAACUCUCUCCGGGAAGCGAGCUGGAAGCUGUCCUUGAUGAAUCCAGUAUGUUUUUCUAUGGGAAGGGAUGUCUGAAGACCGCUAACUCUCCACACAGCCCCAACUAGUUAUAGCUAUAGUCUCGCAACUGAAAUCACUUUCUCGCCCUCAACGAUUGCCUCCAUUGCCCUUUUGAAACGACCUCUUCCUAUAGAUCCUACGAUACCCAUUACAUCACAAAUACAAAUUAUUAAUUUGCCGGGCGUUGCUUCGCUGAGCGGCGGCGCCGGUGGACAGGGCACCUCGGUUUCUCCAUUCGAAGUCCUGCAUUCUGUUGUACACCUAGCGCUGGCGCCGUAUUUUGAUGCAUAUACGAAAAAGCAGCAAAGCACAAAUGGCGCUCGAGGCAGAUCCGAUGCUGAAGCAAAGACGGGAAUACCGGUGACCAAGAAGCGUAUGGCAGAGCUGGAACUAAGCUUGCUUCAUCUGCAACAAAACAUCGAAAUCCCUGAUUUGAUUUUGCCUAUGCAUCCAAUGGUUCAGACAGCUCUGGAAGAAGCCGCAGCACGAAAUAUACGCCCUUCCGCAGAACUAGUUCCUGCAGCCCUAUUGCAGGACAGCACAUUUCUUAAUAACGUGCAAUCAAUUGUCAAUGGUUGGAUCAAAUCUAUUCAAGCAGUAACCAAGAUGUCGCGAGAUCCAAGCAGCGGUAAUGCGACUCAGGAGAUCAACUUUUGGGUAUCCAUGGAAUCUGCACUUGAAGGAAUUGCGAGCCAGCUAAAAGGUGAAGGAGUUAGCUUAACCAUGGAAAUUCUUCGAACUGCCAAGCGAUUUCAGGCCACUGUGAGUUUCCAAGCUGAUACUGGAUUGAAAGAGGCUGUGGAAAAGGUCCAGAAAUACAAUCAGCUGAUGCGAGACUUUCCAUUGGACGAGUUGCUUUCGGCAACUUCCCUUUCAAAAAUCCAGGAAGCUUUGGGCUUGAUUUUUAAUCACCUGAAUAGAAAGCUACGGAUAUGCCCCUAUCCAAUCCGGAGAGCACUACCUUUGGUAGAAGCCAUUUCGGCAGAUCUGGAUGCCCAGUUGCAUAACUUGCUCCACGGCAAGUCCCUAAUGCAUCUGGAAUAUCGAGAAUUCCAAAAUCUAAUGUUGACGACGGAGUCAAUAUUCAAGAUUUGGGACGAGCACAUCAAGGAGUUCACCAACGUUGCCCGCGAAGUUACGAGACGGAGAAAUGAAAAGUUUAUUCCCAUCAAGAUAACCCCGGCACAUUUUGACCUUCAAGCAAGAUUGAAGUAUGUCAGCACAUUCCGAGAUAACCAUGAACAGCUACAGAAGACAAUCGUCAAUGUUCUGGGACCCAAAACUGGAGAUGAUGCUGGGGAUGGAGCCUUAAAUGGAGCUGUAUAUGUUGAGGAAAUGGGCGAUGUCGAUGCUGUGGAAGAAGUCAAGGAAGCAUAUGCCGCUCUGAAUAAUGUUGAUUUACUGGAUGUCUCGUCAGAAGGGACCCAACGCUGGAUUCAGGCUGAAAUGACAUACAAUGAGAGAACGUCUAGAGUUGAAAACUCCAUCAUUGCCAGACUCCGUGAUCGCCUAGCAACAGCGAAGAAUGCCAACGAAAUGUUUAGGGUCUUUUCGAAAUUCAACGCAUUAUUCGUUCGACCAAAGAUUCGCAGUGCAAUCACGGAGUACCAGACCACUCUCAUUGAAAAUGUCAAGAAUGAUAUUUCUGCCCUUCAUGAACGCUUCAAGCAACAAUAUGGUCACUCCGAAGCCCAUGCUAUGGCGCAACUCAGAGAUCUGCCCCCUGUUUCAGGAGCCAUCAUUUGGGCACGCCAGAUUGAACGCCAACUUGACGCAUACAUGAAAAAGGUUGCAGAUGUGUUAGGACACGAUUGGGCACUUCAUUCCGAGGGCCAAAAACUCCAGAGUGAAAGCAACCUCUUCCGUAAAAAAUUAGACACCAGACCAAUUUUUGAGGCAUGGCUUCAUGAUGUGCAGAGAAGGCAGAUAUCGAUUGCUGGGCGGCUCUUCAAUAUCAAUAAAAUACGUGCAGCAAACAAUGCUCUAGAGCUGGCUGUGAACUUUGAUGCCCAGGUCAUAGCACUUUUCAAGGAGACUCGAAAUUUAUUGUGGCUCAACUAUGCCGUGCCACACGCUAUCAACAAUGUAUCGAAAGAUGCAAAGAGAGUUUACCCUUUCGCUGUGAGUUUGAUGGAAAGUGUUAGGACUUACUCCCAAACAAGCCGGCAGAUAUCUCAGAUGUCUGAUGUAUCAAUACUUCUCGGUGGCUAUCAGAACGAAGUGCAGGCUUUGAUCUCCAGAGGUAUUCCAUUAAAAUGGGAAUCUUUUGUCAAUGGUUACGAUAUUAUCCAACCAGCUUACGUGUCGAAUGGUAUCAUGGAUAACAUGCCAGGAGUUCGUGGUGGCGAUAGUAAGCAUAUUCAGUUUAUUCGUGAAUUUGCCGCAUCGGUUUCUCUCUUGCAGUCCAAAACCACUGCUCUCGCAUCUAUCAACAUCACGGUUCAAAAAGCCUUGGCUGAACUAGUGACCUGUCCUUACGACGCAGUCUCCCUGGAAGAGCGGCUGGAAACGAUACAAAUGUCUGUUGACCAACUGAAUCUUGAGAAUUACGUCAAUCUCGCUUAUUGGGUGAGGGAGAUGAAUGACCGUAUCAAGGCCAUUCUCCUGGUGCGGUUGCAAAAAGCCAUCGCAGAUUGGGUUGAGAUCUUUCAGGAUAAUCGUUCCGAGGGCGUCAACGACGAUAGCCGAAAGAAACGUAUGAGCACCAUUGAUGGAGUUGUUAAUGAUAAUGAUCCCACUAUGAAGCGCCUGAUACAUGAAGUAUCUAUGAGGAACCAGGUUAUAUAUCUAGACCCUCCUUUGGAAUAUGCUAGGGCCAGUUGGUUCUCGCAACUACACGAGUGGCUAGGAGUAGUGUGUAACCUGCGAAAAGUCAAAGCAUCGAGAUAUGAGAUGUCUCUAGUGGCACGGAACGAGACGGAAGCUCGCUUCACAGAUCUACCAGCAUCUUGCGCAGACGAUUUGUCUUUGGUUUACGUUGCCAUUGAAACAAAGCUACGGGAAAUCAGUAGUUACAUUGACAGAUGGUUGCAAUUUCAGUCGCUGUGGGAUUUGCAGUCGGAACAGGUGUAUGAGAUUUUGGGGGAACAGCUCUCCAAAUGGCUGCAACUUUUACAAGACAUCAGAAAGGCACGAUCCACUUUCGACACCACCGAAGUUAGUCGCUCCUUUGGCCACCUCACCAUCGAUUAUGAACAAGUUCAAUCCAAAGUCAAUUCGAAGUACGAUCAAUGGCAGCAUGAGAUCUUGACCAAAUUUGGUGGUCGUUUAGGAAACCGCAUCCGAGAGGUUUACGCGGAAAUUGAGAAAGCACGAAAGGAUCUCGAGAUCCAAUCGUUAGAGGCAUCAUCCACUGCCCAGGCUGUUCAGUUCAUCACGAUCGUUCAAACAUGCAAACGCAAAGUGAAGGCAUGGGGCCCGGAGGUUGAGAUUUUCCGACAAGGACAAACAACACUGGUUCGUCAACGUUAUCAGUUCGCAGCGGAUUGGCUAGGAGUAGAGCAGGUUGAUUCUGAAUGGACUGCGCUCAACGAAAUAUUGGCUCGCAAAGCAAAGAUCGUGCAAGACCAAACAGAUGCCCUACGAGCUAAAAUUACCGCUGAAGACAAGGUUGUAGGUGAAAAGAUUGCAGAGAUCACAGCUCAGUGGAACGAAGAAAAGCCUGUAUCUGGAACCAUCGCCCCUGAUGUUGCCUCUGCUACCUUGACCUCCUUCGAAGACCGCAUUAGUAAACUUCAUGAUGAAUCUGAGAUGGUUUCAAAAGCGAAGGAGGCCCUUGAUCUUCCUGCCAGCCCCGAUACAGCCCUCGCCGCAAUUCUUGAAGAGGUUCAAGACUUCAAGUCUGUCUGGUCUGCCCUUUCUACCAUUUGGAAGAGUUUGAACGAUCUCCGAGAGACUCUUUGGAAUAGCGUGCAACCUCGCAAGCUUCGAUCCUCUAUUGACAGUCUCAUAAAGAUGACGAAAGAAAUGCCUAGUCGUAUGCGACAAUAUGCUGCCUUUGAGCACAUUCAGAACGUUCUCCGCCAAUUUCUCAAGGUCAACCCCAUUCUUUCAGAUCUAAAAUCAGAAGCAGUUCGUGAUCGACAUUGGAACAAGAUUUUCAAGGCUCUGCGACCAACCAAACGAUACUCACCAAUAUCUAUGACCUUGGGGGAAGUUUGGGAUUUGAACCUUGUUGCCAGUGAAGUAGUGAUCCGAGAUAUAAUCGCCCAGGCUCAAGGAGAAAUGGCCCUCGAAGAAUUUCUCAAGCAAGUCCGUGAAAUUUGGACAAGUUACUCUCUCGAUCUGGUCGGUUACCAGAACAAGUGCCGAUUGAUCAGAGGCUGGGACGAUCUUUUUGCCAAAUGUAGCGAGAACUUAAAUUCUCUCCAGGCUAUGCGACACUCACCUUACUACAAAGAGUUUGAAGAAGAAGCUUCGUCUUGGGAAGAUAAGCUCAAUCGUGUACAUGUACUCUUUGAUGUAUGGAUUGAUGUUCAACGUCAGUGGGUCUAUCUAGAAGGUGUUUUCACCGGUAAUGCAGAUAUCAAGCACCUCUUGCCAAUUGAAUCGUCAAGAUUUCAGAACAUCAACUCGGAGUUUUUUGCCGUAAUGAAGAAAGUUUAUAAGGAGCCUUUCGUCCUGGCUGUUCUCAACAUUUCAGGCGCCCAAAAAUCACUAGAACGUCUUGCAGAUCUGUUGAAUAAAAUCCAAAAGGCCUUGGGAGAGUACUUGGAACGAGAACGUGUGUCGUUUCCUAGAUUCUACUUUGUCGGUGACGAAGACUUGCUCGAAAUUAUCGGGAAUAGUAACGAUACUCUACGUAUUGCCAAGCAUUUCAAGAAGAUGUUCGCUGGGCUAUCUGGUCUCAUCAUGGAUGAGGAACAAAUCAUUUCUGGAUUUACCUCGAAGGAGGGAGAAGAGGUUAGAUUAAAGAAAGAGAUCUCACUCAUCAAGACGCCCAAGAUCAACGAUUGGCUGGCUUUGUUGGAAAGCAGUAUGAAGACAACAUUGGCCGAACUUUUGGCAGAAGCCAUCGAGCAAUAUGAGCCUAUCUUUGGAGCUGGUGAAAUUGACCCAGCAACAUUGAACCAGUACAUCUCAGCAUUCCCUAGUCAAAUAGUCGUGCUCGCUACCCAGGCGGUGUGGACAUCUUCAGUCGAGAAGGCCCUCGAGGCUGGAGGUUCAACACUCGGAAAAUUGUUUGAUCAGGAAGUGAGAGUUCUUCGACUUCUUGCUUCAACCGUUCUUGGAGAUCUCGAUACCAUUCAGAGAAAGAGAUGCGAACAUCUGAUCACCGAAUGUGUCCACCAACGUGACACCAUUGAAAAGCUUGUCAAGCUCAAUGCAUCCACACCCAACCACUACCUCUGGCAGUUGCAAAUGCGCUACGUCUAUACACCAGAGGGUGAGUUUCUACAGCGUCUUCAUAUCAAAAUGGCAAAUGCAAAAUUGAACUAUGGCUUCGAAUACUUGGGAGUUGCCGAACGCCUGGUUCGAACACCAUUGACUGACCGUUGCUUCUUGACCCUAACUCAAGCUUUAUGUCAACGAUUGGGAGGGUCUCCAUAUGGUCCCGCAGGAACAGGUAAGACCGAAUCCGUCAAAGCACUUGGUGUGCAACUGGGUCGAUUCACUCUUGUUUUCUGUUGCGAUGACACUUUUGAUUUCCAAGCAAUGGGCAGAAUCUUCUUGGGUAUCUGCCAAGUCGGAGCAUGGGGUUGUUUCGAUGAGUUCAAUCGAUUGGAAGAGCGAAUCCUCUCCGCUGUUUCCCAACAGGUCCAAAAUAUUCAACUCGGAUUGAAACAAGGCGCAGAAGACGAGAAGUCUCAAAUCGAGCUGGUUGGCCGCCAAUUACACGUCAAUGCUAACACUGGCCUCUUCAUCACUAUGAAUCCUGGAUACGCUGGUCGUUCAAACUUGCCAGACAAUCUGAAAAAGUUGUUCCGAAGCGUAGCUAUGUCCAAGCCCGACAAAGAGCUCAUUGCUGAGGUCAUGUUAUACUCUCAAGGUUUCAACCAAGCGAAAGCUCUCUCCAAACAAACCGUACCGUUCUUCGAUCGUUGCGCUGCUGGGUUAUCAAAGCAAGCCCAUUAUGAUUUUGGACUUCGUGCCCUGAAGAGUGUACUAGUCAGCUCCGGUGGCCUGAAGCGUGCCCGCAUUACACAAACUGGAGGGGAUCUUGGACCAGAAGAGGAAGUUGAACCACAAAUUAUUGUUCAGAGUAUUCGGGAGACAAUUGCGCCCAAGCUUAUCAAGAGUGAUGUGGUUAUCAUGAGAACCAUCGAAGAGGAGUCGUUCCCUGGAGUUCAGUACGUUCCUGCCAGUCUCGAAAAAUUGAAGGAGGCAAUCCACAGCAUCGCCAAAGAAAGACAUCUCGUAGUCAAUGAAACUUGGUUGACAAAAAUCCUUCAACUUUAUCAAAUCCAGGGCAUCCACCACGGUGUCAUGAUGGUCGGCAACUCGGGCUCUGGCAAAUCGGUAGCCUGGAAACUGCUGCUCCAGGCAUUGCAGCAAGUUGAAAACGUGGAAGGUGUAUGCCAUAUCAUUGAUUCAAAAGUCAUGUCCAAGGAGGCUUUAUAUGGAAACCUGGACUCUACAACUCGGGAGUGGACCGAUGGUCUUUUCACGAGCAUCUUACGUAAGAUUGUGGACAACUUGCGUGGUGAGGAGUCAAAAAGACACUGGAUUGUGUUUGAUGGUGAUGUUGAUCCCGAGUGGGUCGAAAAUUUAAACAGUGUACUGGAUGACAACAAAUUGCUCACCUUGCCUAAUGGUGAGCGUCUUAAUCUACCUUCGAACGUUAGAAUUAUGUUCGAAGUAGAGACUCUUAAAUAUGCGACUCUUGCUACUGUCAGUCGAUGUGGUAUGGUCUGGUUCAGUGAAGAUACCGUGACCUCCAACAUGAUGGUGGCAAACUACCUGGAUUCUUUGCGUACUGUGGCAUUCGAGGACCUAGACGAAGAUACAGUUUCCACAGGACAGAGUGCAGCCAAGGCUCUUGCUCUCCAAUCUCAAGUGGCGGACCUUCUCCAGGAGUUCCUUAUUUCUGAGGAUUUCAUCACCAAUGCGCUGGAACGAGCCGAGGCAUUCAACCAUAUCAUGGAGUUUACCGUUGCAAGAGUGUUAAGCACACUGUUCUCACUCCUGAAUAAGAGUGUCCGCGAUGUGAUCGAGUACAAUGCUCAGCACGUUGACUUUCCUCUUGACUCUGAACAAGUGGAAUCCUUCAUUGCCAAAAAGCUGCUGCUAGCCUUGGUCUGGUCCCUCACAGGUGAUUGCCCACUCGGCGAUCGAAAAGCUUUCGGAGAUUGUCUUGCUGGUUUAGCUACCUUUGGAUCUCCAAUUAUGGGUGAUAAUUCCGCUUUGAUCGAUUUCGAUGUAACUCUACCAAAGGGAGAAUGGAUAUCGUGGCAGAAUCAGGUCCCCACAAUCGAAGUCAACACACAUUCGAUCACGCAAACCGACGUCGUCAUUCCCACUCUGGAUACUGUCCGCCACGAAGACGUUCUCUACUCUUGGCUCGCUGAACACAAACCUCUUUUGCUAUGUGGUCCUCCAGGUUCUGGUAAGACCAUGACGUUGUUCAGCGCUCUUCGCAAGCUGCCAAAUAUGGAGGUCGUUGGACUCAAUUUCUCCAGUGCGACAACUCCUGAUCUCCUAAUUAAAACAUUCGAGCAAUAUUGCGAGUACAAAAAGACACUCAACGGUGUCAUGCUGUCGCCAACCCAAAUUGGACGCUGGCUUGUACUCUUCUGUGAUGAGAUCAAUUUGCCGGCACCUGACAAGUAUGGAACACAGCGAGCAAUCUCUUUCUUGCGCCAACUCGUUGAGCAGAAUGGAUUUUGGAGAACAUCAGAUAAAACCUGGGUGACUCUUGACCGUAUUCAGUUCGUUGGAGCUUGCAACCCUCCAACCGAUGCAGGCCGAACUCCUAUGGGUGCAAGAUUCCUCCGUCACGCCCCGCUCAUUAUGGUUGACUAUCCCGGAGAACUUUCCCUCCAACAGAUUUAUGGUACAUUCAACACGGCUGUUCUCAAGAUCAUCCCGUCAUUACGAGGUUACUCCGAGUCGCUUACGAAAGCAAUGGUCAAAUUCUAUCUUGAAUCUCAACAACGCUUCACGCCCAAGAUCCAACCCCAUUAUGUCUACAGUCCUCGUGAACUUACUCGCUGGGUACGGGGUAUAUACGAAGCCAUCCGGCCACUCGAGACUCUGACUGUGGAAGGACUGAUACGCAUUUGGGCACACGAGGCUCUUAGAUUGUUCCAAGAUCGUCUUGUAGCAGAGGAGGAGCGCCAGUGGACUGACGAAGCUGUUCAUCGAAUUGCUCUGGAAUUCUUCCCUACGAUUGAGGAAGACAAGGCGCUCGCUGGUCCAAUCCUUUUUUCGAAUUGGCUGUCAAAGAAUUAUGUUCCUGUGGACCGAGAACAACUUCGUGACUUUGUGAAAGCUCGCCUAAAGACCUUCUGCGAAGAAGAAGUCGAUGUUCCACUGAUUUUGUUCAACGACGUCCUUGAACACGUACUUCGUAUCGAUCGAGUCUUCAGACAACCACAGGGUCAUUUAAUUCUGAUAGGAGUCAGCGGUAGUGGAAAGACCACUCUUUCCCGCUUCGUUGCCUGGAUGAACGGAUUGAAGGUCUUCCAAAUCAAAGUCCAUGGAAAGUAUUCGGCAGAGGAUUUUGAUGAUGAUCUCAGAGAUGUUCUACGUCGCGCGGGUUGCAAAGGAGAAAAGAUAUGCUUCAUUAUGGACGAAGCCAAUGUUCUCGACUCUGGUUUCCUCGAGAGAAUGAAUACACUGCUUGCAAACGCCGAAGUCCCCGGUCUUUUCGAAGGCGACGAACUCGCCUCCUUGAUGACGGGCUGUAAGGAAGGUGCUCAAAAACAGGGUUUGCUUCUUGACUCUCAAGAAGAGCUAUACAAAUGGUUUACGUCACAAAUUGUCAAGAAUCUCCACGUCGUGUUCACCAUGAACCCGCCCGAGGGUGGCUUGUCAUCAAAAGCUGCAACUAGUCCCGCUUUGUUCAAUCGUUGUGUCCUGAACUGGUUUGGAGACUGGUCUGAUCAAGCUCUUUUCCAAGUGGGUACGGAAUUGACGCAGUCUGUUGAUCUCGACAGACCCAACUUCACAGCCCCAGACAGCAUACCCGUGGCUUACCGAGACCUCAAUCUACCCGCAUCUCAUCGCGAGGCUGUCAUCAACUCCAUGGUUUACAUACAUUACUCGCUCCAUCGAUUCAAUGCCAAGCUUCUCAAGCAACAAGGACGUGUUACUUUCCUGACUCCAAGACAUUUCCUAGAUUUUGUUGCGCAAUAUGUCAAGUUAUACAACGAGAAACGUGAAGACCUUGAGGAGCAGCAGCGUCAUCUGAAUGUUGGACUCGAAAAGCUGAGAGAUACUGUAGAUAAAGUCAGAGAUCUUCGUGUCAGUCUGGCUGAAAAGAAAGGUCAACUUGAGCGAAAGGACGCGGAGGCAAACGAGAAACUUCAACGCAUGGUUGCAGAUCAGAGAGAGGCCGAGUCCCGAAAGGCGACAUCUUUGGAGGUUCAGGUUGCUUUAGAAAAGCAGGAGACUGCCGUUGCAGAACGGAAAGAAAUCGUCAUGCACGACCUGGCCAACGCGGAGCCUGCUGUCGAAGAGGCUCAGAAGAGUGUCAGCAACAUCAAACGACAACAUUUGACUGAAGUUCGAUCUAUGGGUAACCCUCCUCAGGGUGUCCGAGACGCUCUAGAGUCUGUAUGUACCCUGCUUGGCCACAAGGUUGGAAAAGAUUGGAAAUUGGUUCAAGCAGUUGUUCGCAAAGACGAUUUCAUCGCCAGUAUCGUGAACUACGAUAACGAAAGACAAAUGACCAAAGCUCUUCGUGAGGGGAUGCGCAAGAAUUACCUCUCCAAGGAAGAUUUCACUUACGAAAGAGUCAAUCGCGCAAGUAAAGCUUGCGGUCCGCUCGUACAAUGGGUGACUGCUCAAGUCAAUUACUCUGAGAUUCUCGAUCGUGUCGGUCCCUUAAGAAAUGAAGUGAUCGAGCUCGAAGAGCAAGCACUCGAGACCAAGGCACAAGCCCAAGCCAUUGAAAACACGAUCAUUGAGCUAGAGCAAAGUAUCGCCACGUAUAAAGUUGAGUAUGCUGCUCUCAUCAGUGAAACACAAGCUAUCAAGUCCGAAAUGGAGCGAGUCAAAUUCAAGGUUGAUCGAAGUGUGCGCCUGCUUGAUAGUCUUUCGUCCGAACGAGUCCGCUGGGAAGAGGGAAGCAAAUCUUUCGAAACACAAAUCGGCACCCUUGUCGGUGAUGUUCUUGUCGCGGCAGCAUUCCUUGCCUACAGUGGACUUUACGAUCAACAAUUUAGAAAAAACAUGAUGGAAGACUGGAUACACCAGCUUCAUAUGUCGGGAAUCAACUACAAACAGCUCAAUCCUGUCACAGAGUACCUGUCGACCGCAGAUGAACGACUGAAGUGGCAAGAGAACUCCUUGCCAGUGGAUGAUCUAUGUACCGAAAACGCUAUUGUCCUUAAACGAUUCAACCGUUAUCCUUUGAUCAUCGACCCCUCUGGCCGUGUCACAGAGUUCCUACAGAAGGAAAGCAAAGAACGCCGUCUGACUGUUACCAGCUUUUUGGACGACUCUUUUACCAAACAACUGGAAAGUUCGCUCCGAUUUGGUAACCCAAUUCUCAUCCAAGAUGCUGAAUAUCUGGACCCAAUCCUCAACCAUGUUCUCAAUAAAGAGUACCAAAAGACCGGGGGUCGUGUUCUCAUUCAGCUCGGCAAACAGGAAAUUGAUUUCUCGCCCGCCUUCAAAAUCUACCUUUCCACUAGGGAUCCUUCUGCAACUUUCCCUCCCGAUAUUUGCAGUAGAACUACGUUUGUCAACUUUACUGUUACCCAGAGCAGUCUCCAGACCCAAUCCUUGAACGAGGUCCUUAAAUCGGAGCGACCAGACGUCGAUGAGCGCAGAUCUAAUCUCAUCAAAUUGCAAGGCGAAUUCAAGGUGCAUCUUAGGCAACUGGAGAAGCGAUUAUUGCAAGCACUCAAUGAAUCCCGCGGCAACAUUCUCGACGAUGAUAAUGUAAUCGAAACUCUAGAAACGCUGAAGAAAGAGGCAGCGGAAAUUUCAGCCAAGAUGACCGGCACUGAAGGUGUAAUGAAGGAGGUGGAGGAGACGACUCUCCAAUACGACGUCAUCGCCAAAUCUUGCAGUGCAGUUUUCGCAGUUUUAGAGCAGCUACACUACCUCAAUCACUUCUAUCAAUUCUCUCUGCAGUACUUUCUUGAUAUUUUCCAUUCGGUACUACACAAUAGCAAGCGAUUGGCCGCCGAAACGGUGAACCACAGUAUCCGAAGAGAUAUUAUUGUUGAAGAGCUAUUCGUUACAACGUUUCAACGUACGUCUCUCAGUCUGCUUCAGAAGGACAAGAUUACUCUGGCAAUGCUUCUUGCACAAGCAGCUCCAUUCAAGAUGGACAAGAGCCUGAUUGGUGUCAUAUUGGAUGAAAGUGUCACCGGUACUGAUGUGUCAACCGAAUCCGACAAGAAAGAGGAAGUAAUUACCAGAGCUUCAAAGCUCCCAGCACUUCGAGGAAAACUUGAAGCUGUCUCCAAUGAAGCAUGGGAUCGAUUCCUGUUCGAGGAAGCAGGAGAGAACUACGUACCACAAAUAUGGGACUCAACCGCAGACAAGCGCGAUCAGGAACUUAUGUCGCUACUUCUCGUCAAACUUUUCAGACUGGAUCGUUUUGUACCAACUGCAGAACGUUUCGUUACAAUCGUAUUUGGUUCAGGCCUCCUGGAAUCGACGGAAGAUCUGAAACAGAUUGUUCAUCAAGUAUCCUCCAGCAGUCCAAUUGCAUUAUGCUCGAGUCCAGGAUUUGAUGCGAGUUAUAAGGUUGAGAACUUGGUGCAGCGUUCCCGUGCAACAUGUACAAAUAUUGCCAUGGGAUCUAAUGAAGGUCCGGCAACCGCGGAUAAAGCCAUCAGUAAUGCGGCGGCUACUGGAUCUUGGGUCCUGGUCAAGAACGUUCACUUAGCUCCAACCUGGCUACAAAGUCUCGAGAAGCGCAUGGAUUCACUCAAGCCUCAUGCUGACUUCAGACUGUUCCUUUCAAUGGAGUCGAGUCCUAAGAUCCCUGUAAACUUGUUGCGGGCUUCUCGUGUGUUGAUGUAUGAGCAACCGGCUGGAGUCAGAGCCAAUAUGAAGGACUCCAUGGCAUCUCUUUCUACAAGAGGCGCCAAGUCACCAGUUGAGCUAUCAAGACUUUACUUGCUUCUGUCGUUUUUGCAUGCCGUGAUCCAAGAGAGAUUGAGAUAUGCGCCAACUCUGGGAUGGAAAGGCUUCUGGGAAUUCAAUGACAGUGAUGUAAGUGAAAAUCAGGUCAACUCAAAUUUAGACAAGAUGCUAAUGUGAAAUAGUACGAAUGUUCUGCUUUCAUCAUCGAUACCUGGGUUGAGACAGUCGCUAAAGGUCGUACAAAUGUUGCACCACAAAAUCUUCCAUGGGAGAUGAUUCGCACCCUUAUUGUGGAGACAUAUGGAGGUAAAAUUGACGACGAGGGGGAUUUCGCUCGUCUUACACAAUUGGUCCACUCCUUCCUCACUCCUGCAGCCUACGAAAUCGGACAUAAACUUGUCGAGGGCGCUGCUGGUAAUCUUGGAGAUGGCAGCAAUGACGGUAGCUUGAUUGUCCCCAGUGGAACCUCGAUCCAGGAGUUCACGCAAUGGAUCCAAAAGCUCCCCGAGAGAGAACCACCAACUUACCUCGGACUACCUGCCAAUGCUGAGAAGCUGUUACUUGUUGGCCAGGGUCGAAGCAUGAUCCAGAACCUGGACCGAAUCACGGAGCUGUUGGAUGAGGGUGAGCAUGUGAUGGCGGAGGCUGCAUAGAUGCAUGGUGUUUCUUGUGUGUACGAGACACUUUUCUUUUCCGUUGAUUGUGAUAGUAGAUAGAUCUUAGGGAGCAUUUGAACGGAUAAGCGCCGCGAGCGAAGGGAUUGUAUGGAUUAUUGCCAGAGAUGAGCAUGAGCAUGAAUACGGAAGGGAAAGCAUAGUCCUGUUUGUUGUUGUUGCUAUUUUUCUUUGGGAUGGAGAUUUUGCUGUCGCCCUUUUAUACCCAGUCUCCUUUGUUGUUGCCUUUUGGUGGUAGACUUUAUGGAUUGCGCUGCGGGGGUUUUUUCGUUUCUCUUUUUUUUUGUAGCAUAGUAAGUCUAAGAAUCACUGAAUUG